AUGGCCACGCUUGAAGACUACUUUUCAAUCCAGACGUUUCUUAUUGUGUUGAGAGAGACGUUGGAAUCCGCCAUCAUCAUUUCGGUGCUAUUGUCGUUUGUGCAUCAAACUUUCUACCCUUCCCAUGCCGCCACUACGUCUAGAAACAGCGCCGACGAUCCAGCUAGUGCGGCAUAUCAUGCAAUCACGGUGGACUCGUCCAAAGACACCGAGCUGGAUGUCGAAGAUGCGAAAUUGUACAAGUUUUUGAACUUGCAGAUCUGGAUAGGCGGGCUCUUGGGUCUAUUUGUUUGUCUAUUGGUGGGCUCUUUCAUUUUAGCCGUGUUCUACAUCAUUGGGAGUGAUUUGUGGGCAGUUUCCGAAAAGUACUGGGAGGGCACGUUUUCGAUUAUUGCCAGCUUGAUCAUAUCAGUCAUGGGGGUCGAGAUCUUGCGCGUGAGCAAGAUGCAGCAGAAGUGGAAAGCCAAGCUUGCUCGGCUCGUGCAACUGUCGAGUUUUUACCCCGGUAGCUCAAACUCGCUGACUACACGCACGGGCACUACCUGGAUAGAUCGGAUUCGGUUGUGGACUGAAAAAUACAAUCUCUUGAUCUUACCUUUUGUCACCACGCUCAGAGAAGGACUAGAGGCCAUCGUGUUUGUCGGCGGUAUCGGCAUCAACGAAAACACUUCCGUUUGGGCGAUUGUCAACUCGGCUCUCCUCGCGAUAAUGGUGGGGUCUGUAAUCGGGUUCAUCCUAUACCGGUCGGGAAACAGCCUUUCGUUGCAGUGGUUCUUGAUCGUGUCGACGUGUUUCCUAUACCUAGUUGCCGCUGGCUUGUUCUCCAAAGGGGUGUGGAAUUUUGAGUUGCAGCAGUUUAUCGAUGCAUGCGGCGGCCAGGACGUGAGCGAGACGGGCCAUGGUCCAGGCUCCUAUGAUAUCGCGCGAAGCGUGUGGCAUGUCAAUUGCUGCAAUGGCGAAAUGCAAGAAGAUGGUGCCUUCUGGAUGAUCUUCACUGCCAUCUUUGGGUGGACAAACUCGGCCACGUAUGGAAGCGUAAUUAGUUACACCUUGUAUUGGGUCGUGGUCACCUGUGCGUUCACGGCCUUGUUGUACGAAGAAAAACAUGGGUACUUGCCGCUUAUUCCCAUCCGCUGGCAGUUGAAGCGUAUCAGGAAAAGAUUGAGUGUCUAUGCUCCCUUGCCUGAGGAUCCGGAACUUUGUAGAGACAUUCGACAAAGUAUUGAUUCGGCAAACUCCGCGACACCACUACAACAACAGUGA